UCAGUCGCGCUCCCGACUCCAACGCUGCCGCAACGUACCGCUUUGAUUCCGACUCGAUCCCGCGUGCACUGCUGGCGGUGCGCCGUUUACAAACAAUUGUGGUUUAGCAUUCCGAACUGCUGGGGGAUCGGGAACUAAGAAUCUGCACUCGGUGCCCGUUGCACAACACUGUUUCGGAACCCGAUACCUGCCUUACCGCCAAUUGUUAACAAUUGUUCUAACCGUGUUAACACGCACACAUCGCAACCGUGUGCUCCGAGUGCCUUGGAAAGUGUUUCCUUAAAAAGUGGUGAUUACCAGGCAAAGUCCAUUAUUAUGGCCACCAAAAGUCAGCCGGCGGAGGCCCAGCAAUUGUACCCGCAGCCCAACAGAGUGGAACUGCUCUCGGCGCAGACGGAUCCCAACCAGAAACCGCGAUGGGGCAAGCUCCUGCUGCUGGUGGCCCUGGCAACCACAUUUGGCGGCGCCGUGUCCACCGGGUACUGCAUAGGCGUUAUCAACGCCCCCUCGAAGCUGAUGAAAGUUUGGUGUAAUCAGACCCUAUACGACACCUACGGGAGUAACCUCACCGCGGGCGGUCUGGAUCUCUUGUGGUCGUGCGUCGUUUCUGUGUUCCUGGUCGGAGGCGCCAUCGGUUCGCUGGGCGGAGCUGGAGCGGCCAAUAAAUUCGGCAGAAAAGCAUGCUUUCUUAUCUGCGGCACCCUGUUCACCGUGGGAGCGGUGCUCUUCUUCUUCUGUCGAGCAGCUAGCUCCGUGGAGAUGCUGGUGAUCGGAAGGUUUGUCGUGGGGCUUGCCUCCGGCCUUGUGACCGCCACCCUGCCCAUGUAUCUGUCUGAGGUGUCUCCAUUGGCUCUGCGGGGCACUCUGGGAGUCUUCAUAGCCGUGGGCGUGACGGGGGGCGUGGUAGUGGGGCAGGUCUGCAGCUUGGCCGAUGUCUUUGGCACUGAGGAUCUCUGGCACUACGCCCUGACCGCCUACAUGGUUCUGAUCCUGGUCUGCUAUCUGCCGUCGUACCUGUUCCCCGAAAGUCCCAAGUUCCUGUAUAUCGUUAAGGGAAAUCGUGCAGCUGCCAAGCGGGAGCUUCAACGGCUGCGGGGCAAGAAUGCGGAAGAGCUUAUCGCCCAAGAAAUGGCCGAAAUGGAGGCAGAGGCAAAUGCCAAGGUGCAGGCGAGCAGCUUUUGCGAUGUGCUGCGCGACCCUCGUCUCACAUUGCCCCUGAUCAUUGUCUGCUGCUUCCAUGGUGGUCAGCAACUGUCGGGCAUUAAUGCGAUAUUUUAUUACUCGGUCAGCAUCUUCGAGAAGGCCGGACUGUCCACGGUGGAUGCGCAAUGGGCCAAUUUGGGAGCUGGCUGCCUGAAUUUGUCCGUCUCAUUGUUGGGACCUUGGCUAAUGGCCACGUGCAAUAGACGAAUUCUGAUGAUGUUUUCUUGCGCUCUGUGCUCCGUUUUUCUUUUCACCAUUGCCUUUGUUUUGUUUUAUAUUGACCAAGUUAGCUGCUUUGCAAUCGCCUGCAUCGUCUGCAUCAUGGGUUACAUAUUCUUCUACCAAUUCGGGCUGGGUCCGAUUCCCUACUUUAUUGGCGCAGAACUGUUUGAGGUGGCGCCCCGCUCCGUGGCCAUGUCGAUGGGCAGCUUGGCCUCGUGGACGUGCAAUUUCAUAAUUGGCAUAUCAUUCCCCCUGCUGCAGAAUGCGUGGGGUGCCUUCGUCUUCCUGCCCUUCUCCAUUACCUGCGUGCUGCUCUUCUUGCUCACGAAAUUCUAUCUGCCGGAAACGCGGGGACGCGAUCCCUCGGAGGUGGCGCCUCUCGUAUCGAAGGGCUUUCGCUCCAAGGUCAAAUAAGACCUAGCCCAGUGGGCUCAACUUACAAUUAGCCAUAAGUAGCCGGGUGUUUGUGGUAAUACGGUUUAACUUUCUGGGUGCAGUGGGCUGCUUAAUGAUUCGUCCAAGUUGUGUGCCUUUUGUUGAUGUCGACAAUAAGCCGGAAUCCACGUUGUUCAGGGUGUAAGUGCUCUUACUAAUUGAAUUUACGUCUAGCCUGUAAGUUCUUUUGUAAAAAACAAUAAAUGCAAAAAUUUAUCUAACUUUAAGAGUCACCCUGUAAGAAAGCUUUGAGCGCUGCGUCCUCUUAUCACUGCACAUGUUCAAUUAAAACGCCUUGGGACGGAUCGCCAAGUAAUACUCUUUUAAUUAGAUUUAUUGUUGAACAAGAGCGCCGCGGAAUCACUAGAUACUCUUCCACGCCGUUGCGUUAGACAACUUAGGAUUAUGUCAACACUUGGAAGACUUAAUUAUACUCUUAACUCCCUAUUAUCCAUGCUUAAGUGUCGGUUAAUAAAAUUUUGUAUUUUCCACUACGAAA